CCGUCCCCGUCUCACCUGGUUUCCCCACCCCCCACCCUUCUCCUCUUCUCUUCUCUUUUCUUCUGUGCCUUUGGAUUUUGAUUUGUUUUGCUUUGAGGAGGAGAUUGGAGCCGGGGAUACGGGAGGUGGGGCGAUGGCGUUUCACAACCACCUCUCCCACGAGCUGACGCUGCCGCAGUACGCGGAGCAGCAGCUGGGUGGGGACAGCCCGGCGGUGCUUAGAACCGCCAUGGAUCAACUCGCCGCCCCUCCGCAUGAUACCGCUGCGUCGAAGGAGGGGAAGCACUUCCAGCGCCUCAUGGCCGACGCAGCAGCCACUGCAGGGAAGCCUUCGAUGGCCGGAGCGGGCGGACCCACGUGGCUCAACAGGGCAAUUCUCCGGCAGCAGGGGCAUCACUACGCCGACGGCAGCUUCCUCCACCUCCAGACCUCGGCUGACUCCUCGGCGUCGCCGGUCGCGGCCGGGGGAGGCGGAGGGGGCGCGGGCCACUGGCUGCCCCGGCCGCCGAUCCUACGGCGCAGCGGGAGUGAGGACGAGGUCCCCGUCUCGAGCGACUCCGCCAUGGCGGCGGCCAUCUCGGCGGAACCCGGCGGCGGGCGGGGCCACUCGGGCGGGGAGCUCGGGGAGGCCGAGGCGUUGGUGCAGGGGAGCGGAGGCGGCGGGGAGGCGGGGGAGGGGACGUGGCAGAACGCGAGGUACAAGGCGGAGAUAUUGGCGCACCCGUUGUACGAGCAGCUGCUGUCGGCGCACGUGGCGUGCCUGAGGAUCGCCACUCCCGUCGACCAGCUGCCGAGGAUCGACGCGCAACUCGCGCAGUCGCAGCAAGUCGUGUCCAAGUACUCGGUGCUCGGCGGCGGCGGCGGCGGCCAGAUGCUCGGCGACGACAAGGAGCUCGAUCAGUUCAUGACACAUUAUGUCCUUCUACUUUGUUCCUUCAAAGAACAACUACAGCAGCAUGUCCGUGUUCAUGCAAUGGAGGCAGUGAUGGCUUGUUGGGAGCUUGAGCAAUCACUUCAAAGCCUAACAGGAGUCUCUCCUGGAGAAGGUACAGGUGCAACCAUGUCUGAUGAUGACGAUGAUCAGGCAGAGAGUGAGACAAACUUGUUCGAUGGAAGCUUGGAUGGACCAGACAGCAUGGGUUUUGGCCCUCUUGUUCCUACAGAGAGCGAGCGAUCCUUGAUGGAGCGUGUCAGGCAGGAGCUGAAGCAUGAACUAAAACAGGGGUACAAAGAGAAGAUUGUAGAUAUUAGAGAAGAAAUUCUCCGCAAGAGAAGAGCAGGGAAACUUCCCGGGGAUAGCACUUCUACAUUAAAGGCAUGGUGGCAGUCCCACUCCAAGUGGCCAUAUCCAACGGAGGAUGACAAAGCACGAUUAGUGCAGGAAACAGGAUUACAGCUAAAGCAGAUUAACAACUGGUUCAUCAACCAAAGGAAAAGGAACUGGCAUAGUAAUCCGUCAUCAUCGAGUACUAUGAAAAGCAAGCGCAAAAGAAACAAAUAAUGCAGGUGAUGACAAUAUUUUCUGAUUCAUGUGGAUGAUGAGCCAGGAACGAUGGACACAACAGCAAUAGCUGAAAUUAUUAGCUGCUAUGAUGAACAUUUUGCUGAAAUUUCUUUGUAAGAGUACUGAAUGAAGUGAAGCAAUCUCCAUACUCAUCCUAUGAUCUAGUAUUAUACAUAGGGAAAUCUUAUCUUAGUACUAAAGAAAUCUGGUGAAGCAGCUCUUGGUCUGAACCAUACAGUAUCUGCUACAGUUAUAUGCAGUGGCAGCAUCAGUGGCAUUGGUAGAUCUAGUAGUGCAUGUUAUAUUGCUAAAAGAGUGUGGAAGUGGCUUCUUCUUUUGUACUUGGCUCUUAAAUUGGUAGAUUGAGUUUUAAUUUACAUACACACAUAUCUCAUCCAGAAGAGACAGAUGUGAAUAUAAAAUGUAAUAAAUACAAUGUACUGCUAACUUUCUGA